UCUCGUUUGAGCUGAACUGGAGGGAUUUCUGUGGCUGCAGCUAACAUGCUAGCAGUGCGGAGAUAACUUAUCCCACGUUACCACUAGCCUGCCACGCUUCACAACAAGCAGUCAGUCCUGAGGUGAGGACGUAUAUGCUUCAAAGUGAUGCCUGUAUGGAGGUUAAUGCUAUGCUAGCCGUACGCAUGCUAGCACCUUCUGAACAGCUGUAGAAACUAACGCAACACACACACAGCAGGGAAGCUAGUGUUAGCAGAACACCAGCGGCUGUAACAAUGGAUUUAGAAGAUGACACCACUGUGUUGACAACCUUGAAGUCCUUCAAUUCCUUCAUCAGCCGCAAUGAACCUCCACAGCGGCUGUCAGAGCACUCGGCGGGGAACGUAAACCUGCAGAGUCAGUACAAACGCAGCAUGGAGUUGUUGGAAGCAGCGGAGAAGGUUCAGUCCAAGAAUCGCUACCUCCAGUUGGACCAGGAGAAGAAGCAGAUGGAGAUGAGUCACAAGCGAGCUCGGUAUGAACUCGAGAGGGCUGCUUCUGACAGCGCACGUGACUUGGAGCAUGAGGUUGACCGUAACCAGGAUCUCUUGGGGCGAAUAAAAAAGUUGGGGGAGAGAGAGACUGACGCAGCUAAGAACCUAUCGGAGCAGCUGGAGGUAAAUCGUUCUCUACGUAAGAACCUGGACGGCCUGAACAGGAAAGUGGAGGAGCGAGAUUCUAGACUGAACACUGCUAACCAGACCAUCAGUUCUUUGAAGGAUGAGAUCAGAGAGCUGAAGCAGAAGAUUCAAAACCAAGACUCAACAGUUUCUUCUCAAACUCUUGAAAACCAGGAACUGCAGGAGCAGUUAGAUUUACAACGCAGGAAGUAUCAGGAAGUCUCUCAGCUUUGCCAAAGUCUCCAGGCUGCCCAGACCUCCUGCUCAGAGCACAUCAUCAAGAUUAAGGAGUUGGAGAGGCGUCUCACUCUCCAGGAACAAGACUUUGCCAUUGUGAAGAACGUGAAGUCAGAGGUGGCCAAGGUUCCGGACCUGGAAAGGGAUUUGAAGCGCCUCAGAGAAGAUAAUGCCUUUCUCAGGGAGAACAGGGAGAAUUGCAGCCUGUUGAAAGAGGAGGUGGAGGGGCUGAGGAGGAAGCUGGAGAGGAUGGAGAAAACCAAAGAGGAGCUGGUGAACAUGGAACUGGAGAAGGAGAGGAUGGCGGAGAAACUCAAAGCCUGGGAAAACAUCGGGCAAUCUACUGGACUCAACAUAAGGAAACCAGAAGAUCUGUCCAGGGAGGUGAUUCAGAUUCAGCAGAUAGAGAUUUCUCUGAAAGAGCAGAACUACACACUCAACAGCCGCGUGAGGAGCGCCGAGCGUUCGCAGUCGGAGCUCCGAGCAGAGCUGUCCCAGCAGCGCAGCAAGACUCUGGAGGAGCAGAAGAGGAGGGAGGCGCAGGACGCUCUGGUCCGCCGCCUACAGAAGAGAGUGCUGCUGUUAACCAAGGAGCGUGAUGGAAUGCGUGCCAUACUGGAGUCCUAUGACAGCGAGCUGGCGCCCACUGAGUACUCUCCUCAACUCAGCAAACGGCUCAGAGAGGCAGAGGAAGUGCUGCAGAGGACCCAGAACCACAAUGCAGAGAUGGAGGGCCAGCUGACCAAAGCACAGGAGGAGACGGGGACUUUGAAACUGCAGCUGCAAACAGUGGAGCUGGAGCUGGAGUCUCUAAAGAAGCAGCAGGCCUCUGAUACUGAUGGCAAGUCUUCAGUGACCAAAGAAGAGAUGGGCAUUCUCAGACAGAAAAUUGAAGAUCUGGAGGCAGAACGCCAGCGUUUGGAGCAGCAGAACAACGUUCUGGAGAUGAGACUGGAGAGACACAACCUACAGGGAGACUACGAUCCCGUCAAAACCCGAGUCCUCCACCUCAAGAUGAACCCCACCACGGUCGCCAAGCAACAGCGCCAGCUGGAUGUUGACGCUCUUCGGGAGGAAGUGACUUGUCUCAGGCAACUGGUGCACUCGUUGCAGGACGGAGGCGCUUCGGUCCAUUUGCAGGACGACUCCGGUGUCCACGCCACCAGCCUCAGUCUACCGCCGUCCAAGGAGGUUCUGGAUUUACGUAAGCAGAUGGAGAGCUCUGAGCUCAGGAACCAGCGUCUCAAGGAGGUGUUUCAGAGGAAAAUUCAGGAGUUCCGCACAGUCUGCUACGUCCUGACCGGCUAUCAGAUUGACAUCACCACUGAGAACCAGUACAGGCUCACCUCGGUCUAUGCGGAGCACAUGGACGACUCCUUGCUCUUCAAGAAGGGCUCCAAUGGAAGCAUGCAGCUCAUGGAGACCGAGUUCUCCAAAACUCUGGGAGAGAUGGUGGCCCUUCAUCUGCAUCACCAGAAGAGCAUCCCGGCGUUCCUCUCUGCGGUGACCCUCGACCUCUUCAGCCGACAAACCACCAUCUGAAGUAACAUGACACCGACUCAGACACGGGGCUGUAAAGAUUUAAGAUGACAUUAUUUUUGUUUUUUUAAAUUUCCUGGGUUUUUUUUUGCUACCUUUCUGGUGGUUUUUUUUUUGUCUCCCUCUCAUACAAUAUUCACAGAGUGUUCUUUCAACAGCUCUGACAUAUGAAUAGAGUAGUCAGUGCUGUGUGUUGUGGAGGAUGAACACCUUUUCUUUGAUGGAAUACUUCCAUCUUGUUUUCAAAAAGGCUUUAGAAAGCAACUUGGUAUCCCUGUUUGUACGCUGAAUAUUUCAUCAAUGAAACAUUGAGAGAUACAUUUUUUCUUAACAUGACAAAAUUGUCAUAAAAAUGAACACACAAGCCUCUGAUAUUUGGAUUUGGAGAAUGUUUUUUACAGUGUGAACAGUUUGAAGUUCACUUCCCAUCAAGUUAGAUACAGUGUGGAGAAAGGUUUAUGAAGUCCUAAGGAUCGGCAGUAGAUGCAUUCUGUGUGAUUGUUACCACCACUGAGUCUUUGACUCUUUUUAUUCUUUCUUUUGAGUCCUCUCUCUUGGGAUCUUAUGUAAAAGGUUUCACACUGAUAUUUGUGGUUACAACUAGUCCAAUCCAGUUUGAAUUCAAAAUCUGUGGAUUCUUUUUUUUCUUACCUUACUGUGAUCGGGAUAUAUCAUCAUUUUCAUCAGAAUCUUAUUAAGUCAUGCCAUAUGUUUUUUUUUUUUUUCUUUUUUUAAUCAUUUUUAUUCAUAAUUAUUUGCUUGAAUUGAAGUCUAAAGUCAUGUUUCCUGUACUUGUUUCUCUCCUUUUCUUUACGGUUAGAAGAGACUAUGUUGGCCUCUUCUAACGAAGGUGAAGAUAAAAAAUAAAGAGAUAAAAAAAAAAAAAAAAAAAAAAGUCCAGUAUUAGAUCUGCAAUAACCCCACAAAAUUCAAAGUUCACAUUAUAUAGGUUCAAGGUUGGGUGACGUGUUAAAAUGUUCCAACAGGCCACCGUCAGCCUAACAACCGGUGAAAAUCGCACACAACAAAAAUAAAACCAUCGCUGAAAUACAACAUAUUCUUCCUAACUCCAACACUAACAGCGUGUAGAGAGUUUGUAAAUGUUUCACUUUCAAUUGUAAGCCCUGCUGCCCUCAUUAAACUACUCUAGAAAUGGAGAAAACCGAUCCAAUAAUCAUUUGCAAAAUAAUUAUCCUCCCUUUUUUAAAAAUACAACUGUUUUACAGUCAAAUUACUGCAACAACAAACCACACUGAUGCGAGGCAGUAAAGGCACCGUGAAUGAACAGAAACGCAUCAGCCUGGAUUUAAUCCAUUCAUACAAAUGAUUAGCUCUUUCUUUGAUUCUGUUUCAUCACAUGGUUUACCCUUGUUUAGUUGCAGAUCACCAAGGACACUUUGAUUGCUGGAAUUCACUAAAAACUUUUACUGCUGUAACCUUUUUGACACAGAACAAAGUCUUUGGAUAUGAAUCGUAUUUGAAAGAACUAUAGAUUCUUCCUGUUUUGAAGUCAGUUAAUGGUCGAGCCUGUGUGUGUAGGCGCGAGUACGAACUCAGCGUAAGACUAAAAGAUAUUUCUAGUCAGUGACAAAGAGAAAUGGCAUAAAUAAACACGGGGUGAAGAGGAAGCAGGGGAGCCGUCAAAUAAAACAAAAGGAAGCGAGCGGAGAAUAAAGCCACUUAUCACAGUGACAGUAUAAGAGCUCCAGCUGGUGCAGCCAUAUGUCUCACGAGGAAACAUAUUCUCCUGUACUGUACAUGCCACAUACUGUCCUUGUUUGUUUCUUUUUUUCCACACACUCAUUCUUUUUCACAACACAGCACAUCUUCUGCACACCCCCGCAGCUCUCACCUCGAGGAAAUAUUCGAGAGGGGUUUCAUAUAAGCUGUUAAUAUACAGUCCCGAAGCAUACGGUGCUCUCAUUCAGGCACUUCUGGGGAUUUAUCAUUGUUGUUCGCAUUCAAUAAAACUACUGUACCUCCUCACUGUUUUAAAAUUGAAAUGCAAAUGUGAUCAAUAAAGCGAAUG